UUUAUUGUUACACAUUUCACCAAAUGCUAGUGGUACAGCAAUGAUUUGUCCAGAGGUAUAGACAAAAUAGUUCAAUCUAAAAAGAUAUCAGCAAGUUUACCAAAAACUUUUUUUUAUUACUGUUCAUCAUGGACAAAAAGUUAGUGAACACAGCCAAUGAAGGAGAUGCUCAGAAAGUGGCAGAACUUUUACAGACUAUUAGUGAAGAUGAGCUUGUCCAUCUUAUACAAGGCAGAGCUUUGAGAGGAAAAGGUGAUCCUGUUGAUUUAGUUAGAGCUGUUUUAUUAGGAUCAUCUGAUGGAAGUAGUAAAUCAAACAAAAUCAGAAUACAAGUGUACAAGUCAUGUGUCCAGUUACUGGAGAAAAAUGAAAUGCAAAACAAACUAGCUUCAGAUCUAGUUGGUUUAUUGAUGUUACAGGCUGAUUCAUUGACUGGUCCAGCUUUAGUAGAAAUAGCCAAUCAAUUUUCAGAUCUGGUGAAAAAUGGACAAAUACAGUCAGGCAGAGGUUUGGAGUUGUUGCCAAAAAUCAUGUCAUCCAUUGCUGCAGAAGAGACUGUAGUUUACGGUGAUGGGAGUAUGAAGGGAACUGAAUAUAAAAGUCACAUACAGAACAGUCUUUGUGCAUGCAAAUGGAGUUCAAAGAGUGUAAUUCAUCUAGCAGCCAUGUUUAAAGAUGUACAGAUGUCUUUAGAUGAACUGAAAUUUGUCAUUGACAAAAUUAUACGUCUUUUCAAAGACACUGACUUACAAGAUUUACCUGCCCUUAUUUACCAGCUGCUGUUAUUAUCAACAAAGGGACACAAAAGACUUGUCAUUGAAGGUAUAAUUAAUUUCUAUGUAGAAAAAGAUAAACAGCAACAUGGUAGAAGUGAAAAUGAAUUGAGUGAAGAUUUGAUGAGUGAUGAAACAGAUAUAGAAGUAUUGAGGCACACAGAAGGGACUGUUAUUUUACACAUUAGUUUUGCUGUUAAACAAGACCAAGAACUAGGAAGGGAAUUCAUUAAGUUGCUGAAGAGCAACCAAAUGAGAUCAGCAGCUCAAGUUUUAUCUCCAUUCAAUUUUGCAAUGGCCUUGUGUCUUGCCCGUAUCCACAGAUUUGAGGAUCAAAUUUAUGACCUCAUAAAGACGAUGAUAUUAAAGAGUUUUAAGGAUGGGGAGAAACAAUCUUCAUCUCAGUGGGUCAGAGAAAUAGUUCAGGACACUUGCAUUGUAGAAGAAUUUGCUUUGGAAACAAUAAAGAAUAGUAAAUAUGGAUGGGAUCAUGUGAUACAAGGCUUGGUUCAUCUAGGAUUCCUACUGAUGGAUUCCUUUGGACCUAAGGCAAUAUUUGGUAGAAUAGAGACGUCAGCAGUACCACAGACAGGUCCAACUCACUUAGCUUGCCAGCUUGGCAGUCAAAUUCUUCUUAAUACUUUCAAGCAACAUGAAAUGGUGAGAGCUGAGAUUUUAGAUCAGAUUUUCAACAGAGUUGUCACUAAGGCAACAACACCUGUCAGUCACUACAUGGAACUAUUAUCUAGUGCAGUAUUGUCAGCACCACAGAUUCUCUUGGAAUCAACACCAAAAGUACGGGAGAUGUUGGACUAUUUGUCAUUCUUGUCUCCAGUGUCUGCUGAAGCACUUCUGAUGGCAAUCCAUCCACUACUUAAACUUAGUUUAACCCUGAAAGACUCACUCAUACUCAUCCUUAGAAAAGCCAUGUUUUCAAGACAGUUAGAUGCCAGAAAAAUAGGAUUACAAGGCUUCCUAUUGAUACUUAAACAUUUUAAAGUCCUGGGAGGUCUUCCAUCCAGUCAAUCGAGUCAACAGUUCUCAAGCAGUCAGGUUCAGGUGGAUAUACAUGCCAGAUAUAAUCCAGCCAGUAAUGAAGCUCUGUGUUUAGAGAUCAUGGGAAACUUACGAAGAGUUCUAUCACAACAAGUUGAUGUCAGACUUAUCUUAUAUCAGGGACUUUAUGAUGCCCUUUGCAGAAAUACACAGCUUCAGGGACCAGUUUUAGAUUUACUGAAAACUCAGUUCAAGAAAUACUAUGAACCAUCUGAAGAUGUAAAUCCACCGUUUAAACUGGAUUUGUGUAUAUCAGCUCAAGGGGAUCAAGUUUUCUUGGCAGAACCUCUGGCCCAUCUGAUAUGUUGUAUACAGCUAUGUCUAAUAAAGAUAAUGGAUAUACGUAGACAAACUAAUGGUGAUGAAGAAGAAGAGGAUGUGACACGUAGCCACUCAGAGUUAGAAGAUAUAAUGGAAUCACUUGUCAAACGUAUGAUAACGUCAGAAAUGGAAGACUUUGAACUGGACAAGUCAGCUGAUUUCUCACCCACUAACAGUGUUGGAGUAAAAAAUAAACUCUUUGCUAUACUUGUGAUGGGUACUUAUGAGGUGUUGAUUGAAUAUAUAUUCAGAACAGGACAAAAUAGUGAUACAAGUUGUGGAGAAAUCUUACAACUGUUUGGAAACUAUACCAAACUUAAUGAUAUUUUGAAAGAAAAGUCUAAUCAGACCGGUGGAAAGAAGGGGAAGACAACUUCAGUUAAACCACCACAGAGCCUUAUGUCAAUUAAUUGUGUUUCAACUCUUCUGGAGACUUUGAUCAUGGAUUCAGCUCCUAGUAACAAAGAAAACUUGUCAGGACUGAGAGAAGAUACAGGAUUUUAUACUCAUGUGUUGAAUAUAGCACACCAGAAAGUUCAUCAGAUACAGGAAAAGGGAAGAUGUGAUGGACCUGAAGGGAAAGAAAAGAGUAAACUUAUGAAAUAUGUAUGUCAGCUUGGCAGAUUAUUUCUGAAAUACUACACAGAGAAUCAGAAGACAGGAGAGGAGGGAAGGAGAGACAGAGGGAAAGUAUUGACAGGCUUAUGUUUAGAGGGAUUAACCAGUGUAAUCACAAUCAUUUUACAACAGUUUUCUAACCAGCUGAUGCAGUGUCUCUGUGACAUAGCGGAUACUGAUAAUCAAACAGAUAAACAGGAAGUAAUUUAUGGCAUCGUAAAGAAAUGUCAGCGAUUAACCAUUAAUAUCUUGUCAUCUACUGAAGAAGGAAAACACUGGAAAGAAGUUGCCUCCCUUUUAAAUAUUAUCCAUCAGUUAUGUAAACAGAUGACACACACCAGUGAUCAGUAUGACAAAGUUACUAACUGGAUCCUCAAGUUAUGUCAAGAACAAGAAAUAGAUGAUUUACCAACAUGUAAAUUAAUGUUAUCAACAUUGAUUGAUAUGACACAACAGAUGAAGAGUUGUUCCCCUUUGUUGAGAGAACUUUCCCAAGAUAUUCACAGUCAACUAGGAGACAUUGAUCAAGAAGUUGAGGUUGAAGACAGAACACAUUUUGCUCUUUUAACUCCAAGGUCAGCAGCUCCCAUGGUAGUCCUCCUUGUUCUGAAUCACAUGGAUAGAGACUUAGAUGACACAGAAUGGGUUGUCAAUAGAUUAAAGGCUGAUAUCCUUGCAGAGAGUGCCCUUGAAGAUGAUAAUGGAGUUGAUUUAACCCAGAGAGAGGGACGUGAAAAAUCAGUAUGUACAAGACUUUGUGUAAUAGUAACAGCCUUUCAUGAACUGGUACAGUCUGCCAUACCUGUUGGCUCCUGUGCUGAGGUUAUGAUUAAAGUGGUUACCAGAUUAUUCACGACUAUUACACUGCUUGUCAAGUUUUAUUUAAGUCUGUACAGCAGCAAAGCAGGACACAUUUCAGGAAGAUUUGAAAAGUUGAUAAAACUUAUAGGUACUACCCUCACACCUUAUGUGUAUUCCAUGAUUACAUACAUUCAGACCACAGAAAAUGAACAAUUACAACAAACCAUGGAUAAGGGAAAAAAGGAUAAGAAAAAGAAGACAGCUGCUGCCAAAGCUGGAAGUGCAAAAGUAAUGAAACAAUCUAGAACGGUUCCUAACUUGAUAUUUGCUAUAGAAACAUUCGAGAAGUUCCUUAUACAGCUCACUAAGAAGUCAAAGGUAAAUUUGAUGGAGCACAUGAAACACAGUACAUCAAGAGAUUUCCGUAUCAAUGUGGCAGCCUUGCAGGAAGCCUCUGGAAGUGAAGAAGAAGAAGAUGAGGAGGAAGAGGAAGCAGAUGAAACACAAAAAGAGCAACCAAUGGAAAUUAUAAGUGAUGAAGAAACUGAUGAAAACCAAGAACCUCCAAACAAAAAAGUUUGUAAAGAGACCGAGGAACCAUCAAAGAAAGGAAAACUAUCUACAAAAGGAAAGAAAAAUGUGAAAGUUACCUAAUUAUUUUAUUAAAAUAAACUUUCAAUUCUCAUUAGAAAAGAGUUAGGUCAAUGUAAACUGAAUAUAUACAUGUAUGAAAACUGUCACAGGAAUCAUCAUUCAAUCAUUCAUCAUAGGAAUGAAAAGUUUGUGUAAGCUACCAAAUUCAGUUGUUCAUGCUAGAAUUCAUUAAAACAAAUCACAGCAAAAAACCUAUAACCAUGUGUCAUUUUGAAUAUAAAAUGCUAAGUUAUGAGUUUUAGCCUAUAGAACACUUGUUGAUAAUGUGCAAUCUCAUAUCUUUGUUUUAUUGUUUGUUGUGAACUCAUAAGAUUUAAAAUAUUCAUGAAAUUAUAUAUACUCAUUGUUUUACAUAAAACUGUAUGUAAUAAUACUAUCAUAAACUCA